AUCUUGAUAAAUUUUGCUUCUUUUUGGAAAGGGCUGGUCCGAUCUUGUUCUAUUUGGUGCAGAAAGGUUAAAGGGCUGGGAGUUGGUGGGUUUCUUGGUUCCCAUCUAUCUACUCUCCCAUCUUUGAAAGAGCUAGAUUUGAGUCAAAAUAAUAUUAGUGGAGAAAUUCCUUAUGGUUUGCCCCCGAAUGCAACCUACAUAAACUUGGCUGAGAAUAUUUUUUCUCAGAACAUCCCAUUCUCGUUGUCUUCCCUAAAGUUUCUCAAGCACUUGAAUCUGAGCCAUAAUUCUCUCUUUGGACCCAUCGGAAAUGUUUUUACAGACAUGCAGAGUUUAGAAAUACUGGACUUAUCAUUCAACCACUUUACUGGUGAUCUACCAAGCUCGUUUAGUUCAUUGACAAAUCUUCAUGCACUUUAUUUACAAGAUAAUGAGUUCACUGGAUCUGUUGUUUUUUUAGCAAACCUCCCGCUAUCUAUUCUUUUCCUCGAGAAUAAUCACUUCAGCGGAUAUUUGCCAAAACAAUUGGAAUUUAUUCAGCAAUUGAGGACCAAUGGGAACCUGUUUCAAGGUGGUUACACAUUUCCUCAACAAUUGAGAAACGGAAGUGCUCAUUCCCCUGUGUCAUCAGCUGAUAGGAAUGCCAGUCGUAGCCCUAGAGUUACACCAAGUUCUUUCAGCUUUUCUUCUAUACAAGGGGGUCAUAAUCAGAAAAGAGUAGGCCUGGGAGUGAUGACCAGCACUGUUGGUGGUCUAGUUUUGGUGGCUCUGCUUGCUGCUGCUGCUGCCCUUGUAAACAGUCACAGAUCUCACAAAAGUGCUCUUGAUGGUUCUAAGAGCACUAGUGACUCUUUUCAUUCUCUUCCAGUUACAACACCCUCAGUAUCAGAAGUGAACUUAGAUCGAUGCCCCUGGGUUUCUCCUCGCAUGACUGCUACGAGGCCUCCCUCAGUUCGUUAUGCAAAACCCCAUAGAAUGUCUAAAAGAAAAAGUUCUUCGAGGAGAUCCAGAAAUCUGCUGACUGCAAAGCUUUACUCAGCUUCAGAAAUUCUAACUGCCACAAAUAAUUACAGCGAGGAAAACCUUCUUGGAGAGGGUUUAAUUGGCCAGGUUUACAAAGCUGAAUUUCCUGAUGGGCAGCUGUUAGCUGUCAAAAAGAUUGACCUGGUAGCUCUGGCUGUAUAUGAAGAAGAUGAGUUUCUAGAUGCAGUUUGGAAUAUGUCACGUUUAAGACACCCAAACAUUGCCAAGCUUUUAGGCUAUUCUGUGGAUCAUGGAGAGCAUGUUCUUGUGUAUGAAUAUGCAGGUGGUGGGUCUCUUCAUGAUGUCUUAUUUUCUGCCAAUAAGACGCAUAAGGCUCUUUCGUGGAAAGCUCGGGUGAGGAUUGCCCUUGGUGUUGCCCAUGCAUUGGAGUAUAUGCAUUGGAUAUGCUCUCCUCCCAUGGCCCAUGGAAAUAUGAAGGCAACCAACAUUUUGCUUGAUGAUGAGCUUAUGCCCCAUAUCACUGACUGUGGACUAACUGUGCUAAGGCAUCUCAUUAGCACUAAACCAAAAGCUUCUGAACUGUCCAUGGAUUUUAAUGGUUACACUGCUCCUGAGCUCAAUAUCCCUGGUGUAGAUAAGACCAAAGCUGAUGUAUAUGGUUUUGGAGUAGUUUUGCUGGAGCUCUUGACAGGAAAAAUGGCUUUUGACAGUUCAAGAAGCAAAGAGGAGCAAUAUCUGGUCAAGUGGUCUUCCUUUUGUCUCCAUGACUUCAGCUCAUUGGAAGGGAUUACUGAUCCUACAAUCAAAGGCACCAUACCUUCCAAGGUCCUAUCUCAAUUUGCCGACAUCAUAUUGCUCUGUAUUCAGCCAGAACCCGAAUUCCGUCCACCGAUGACUGAUAUAACUGAAUAUCUGAUCCGUCUUGUCCAUAAAAUGGGUCAUCAUAACCAGUUGAGCUCUGCUAAGGCUUCUGAGCUUGAUGUAUCUGACAUCUCUUUCAAAUCAACUCUGGCCUACUUGGAGCCUCCUCCAUCUUCUCCUAUGUCCACUUAAUGCUCACCAUUGGCAGGAGGAGUGCUGGAUGAUCAUAGAGCAACAGCUUGUAAGGAUGGACAAUUUUUUCCAAGAAAUUUGGUGACACGCCACCCAAGGUAAGAGGAUUCACACUCCAUUAACUGUAAAUAACGGUUUACUGAUAAUUCUGAGAAUCAGUUAUACAUAUGUAGACAAUAGAAACUAGAUGCAAUAUCAGAUGUGACCAAGCCCCCAGCAUUCCGUGAUUAAAUUUGUUGCUGCGCUCUUUUGAGCUAUUUUUCAGUAUUUUAACUUGGAAGCAGAGCCUGGAGCACA